GGGACAUCGGGGCCUACACUUUCCAUCUUCCCUUGCUCGUCUCCACUUCGCCUUGCUCAGCUCAUUCCGUUCCAUCCCCUAUAAAGUCCUCCCUCUAUCCCACCCUUUGGUCUCUCUCCAUCUCGCCACCCACACCACCACUUUCCCUUCUUCCUUCUCUCGGUGUCGCUUACUCGUUGUACUACUAGAGUAGACUAAAGAUGUCGAGCAGGAGAAACAGAGUAGUCUCAGAGGAGGAGAUUAAUGAGCUCAUCUCCAAGCUUCAAUCUCUCCUCCCGGAGACCCGCCGACGAGGCGCCGGCCGGGCGUCGGCAGCCAAGUUACUCAAGGAGACCUGCAACUACAUCCGGAGCCUGAACAGGGAGGUGGACGACCUCAGCGACCGACUCUCCGCGCUCAUGGAGACCGUCGACACCAACAGCGCCGAGGCUGAGAUCAUCCGGAGCCUGCUCCGUUCCUGAUUCACGAUACCUCAGUCAGUUACAUAUACAUAUAUAUAAAUAUUAUAUGCAAGUCUACAUCUAUGGCUACGUAGAUGAAUAUAGAUAGUGUACGCACGUACCUCAGUUAUGAGAAUUUGAGCUAGGAAGUAGCAAGCAGCAGUAAUUUCAUUUUCUUGUUAUUUUCUUUCACAUGGUCUGGCUCGAGUUGUUAUCUCCGGAGACAACCAACCGACAUCUGCGUAAAAAAAAUUAGUAAUGCAUGUAACUACAAGGUUCUACUUGAAUAUGUUGUGAUAUUAUAUUGCUUA